AUGGAAACCCUCAAGAAUACCACAGUUUCUGCGUCUGGGGUUCUGCAGUCCGUCGAUCAAGGCAACUCGAGGAUUUAUGUCACAUCUGGCCUUGUGCUUGUAACACUGAUUACCGUUGCCUCAUGGCUAACGACGAAGCGGCCCCCAAGCCUGUGGGAUAACAUCCCAUUUGUCUCCAACACUCUUCAAUUCCUCACCAACAAUGAAUUGUUUAUGCAACGGGUAAUAAAGCUCAUGGAAGGAAGAAACCUAGCGACCUUCUGGCUGGGACCAAUUAAAUUUUACUUGUUGACCGGAGCCAACAAUAUGCAAACCCUAUUUGGAAGGGGAAACAAGGUUGGCAACGAAGACAUAUUUGUCGAAAGGGUAUUUCCAGUCCUUUACAAAAUGCCCAAGGAACACGUGCAGCGUUUCGCAAACGACCAUUCUGGACGAGGAAUCGUUCCAGCACCUGGCUUCGAGAAUGUCCCCGCAGAGCAACGAUACUGGCACUCUUACGAACACGUACACACACAGUACCUAGCUCGCACAGCCUACCUCAAGCCCGUCAUCGAAGUGUUCCGUAGCAUAUUCACCGAGGUUCUAGAUCGCUUCCCUAUCGGCGAGUCGAAGACCAUCAGCGUGAUCGAUUUCUGCAAGAACCAGGUAACUGAAAGCGCCAUGAGAACUCUCAUGGGGCCUACAAUUUUCGAACUCAACCCGGGCUUUUUGGAUGUCUUUUGGGAAUUUGACGACAACGUGUUCAUGCUGACGCUCGGACUGCCCCGCUGGCUAUACUCGAAGCCGUAUAAAGCGCACGACCGGUACAUUGGCAUGAUCGAAAAGUACGCCAAAUCCGCACGCGCAAAAUUCGAUUGGGACGGUCCUGAGCGUGAAGCGCCAUGGGAGCCACAGUUUGGCGCUCGUGUAUGUCGCGAAAUCACAAAGUGGCUUACCGAUACCGAUUUCCUGGAUCGAUCUAUUUCUGGGGCAUUGGGCGCACUGCUGUUUGCACAAAAUUCCAACACCAUUCCCACCACCAUGUGGAUGAUUCUGGAGCUAGCCAGAGACCCUGCGCUGCUCAAAGCGGUAAAGGAAGAAGUUGCCACGACAGAAAUAAUUGACCCACAGACAGGCGAGCGGACCUUUGACAUCCAGAAACUAGCGACGCUGCCGUUGCUGCAGUCUGUUUUUACCGAAACACUGCGGCUGAGAAUGAACUUCAACAUCAUUCGCCAGGUCAAGGAGCCUUUUGCCGUCGAUGGACAUAUGCUUAAGAAGGGCGCUAUGCUGCAAGCUCCGAUGAUGGUUGCGCACUACGACGAAGCUGUGUGGGGCAGUGAAGGGCAUCCUGCUUCUGAGUUUUGGGCUGAACGCCAUAUCAAAUAUGUGCAAGAUAUUGACGAAUCCGGCGAUAAGACUCAGAAACGUACCUUCGCUAUGGCUGGUCGUCCAAGCUCUUACUUUCCAUUCGGUGGAGGCCCGCCCGUAUGCCCAGGACGACACUUCUCCAAGCAUGAAAUCUUGGCUACUAUUGGUCUGAUAGUCUCUAAGUUUGAGUUUGAGAGCGCGGAAUGGACACAGUUGGAUGGCUCUCCGUCGGACAGAAUGGCCCGCAGCGAUCAGCGCUAUUGCGGUGCUGGCGCAAUGCCACCAGACAGGGACAUGAAGAUACAAAUGAAGAGGAUCUGGUAA